CCAUCUCUUCCCCACGCCCACCUUAUCCAAUCAUCUCAGGAAAGGCAUGCCGCCGGCAGCGCUGGAACCGAUCUGGUGCGGUGGCUCCCGUUGACGCCGUGUGCCCCUGGAACCUCUCAUGCAUCCUCUCAGCCACACGGCCCACCAACACCAUGGCCCUCUCGUCACCAUCUCUUCCACCCCAUCCCCAUCUUCUCCGAUGCCGACCUCGGCAAGCAUGCCGGCGACGCAUCUCCUGCCCCCUCCUCUGCGCAUUAGUCCCAGCGCCCAACAUCUCCACACCCCCUCCUCCUCGCCAUCUCCUCCACCCCCUGUCCCGUCUCCUGCCGCUGACCGCCGCCGGCUAUGUGUUGCUUCCUUGGCGGCGGCGUUUCCGCAUACUCCUCCUCCUCCUUCCCCACUGUCACUGAAGCGCCCCAUGUGGAGGUGCUAUGCUUGGCUAGGUCCUUCCCAAUCCUCAUCCCUCCCACCCGUGCCGCCUCCAAAAUUCAUUUUUUUUGUUACCCAGAGUUCAAUUCGUGCGUCCAGGUCGAACUCUCUAGAAGCCAGUCUUGCAGAGUUGCAGUCCAAUAUAAAUCAAAUGGGUAGGCAGAUGGGACUCAAGCUGCUUGCACUACACCUCAAGAGCCACACGCUCGUCACGCCAAUCUGGAGCUAUUCCAAGGAAAGGAGCAGUUCUAUUAACGAUGGAUAUGAUAAUAUUUAUCGGCUCCAACGCUCGCAUGUCUUGCAAUUGCGAAGCCAAUGUAAGGAGUCUGAUGCGCCCGCUGGCGUGCAUUCCUUCAGUGCCUCUCCUCUGGCAUCAACCUGAAUGACCACGGCAAUCGUUGAAUGUGAGGUGAUCAUUGCUUUCAAUUCAUUUUUGUGUUUAUACUGAAGUGAUUUGGUGUCUGUUUUGUAGGAUAGUUUAACUUGCGAGAAAAUACUAUUGCAUUUGCAAAAAACGAUUAUGCUUGAUCUUAUAAGCAAUAUUGCAUUUUAAAAAGUAUUUCUCACCAAGGAAGGUAAUUAUAAUAAGCAUAAGAAUCAGCAUGUGUUGUUUUUAGGAUAACUGAAAUAUGCAAAAAAAAAAUUGCCAAAAAAGAUCCUGAUCUUACUAAGCACAGAGUUCUUGGCUUAAGUACCAGGCAGUAGGUGACUGGUUUUCAUGGCGUUACAGCCAAAUCUUGCUUUAUGUAAUGUAAGAAGAGGCUGAAAGUUUGUUCUAUUAAACAGCAAUCUAAUGAUAUAUUAUAUGCAGCAAAGGUUGCCUGCAAGAAGCAUUGCCUUCUGUACGUUGAGCAUUUGUUUGUAUAUCUAAGCUCAAUAAAUUGCGUUUCACAAUGACAAUUCUGAUAUGUUGUUAGUCGUUCAGCUUAGCAAUUCCACAAGUUGUAGUUCCAGCCAAACAUCUAAAUACUGAGCUCAAAUUGCAGAAAAUACUGGGUGUUCAGUACUCGAUUUUGGACUAUAUGUUCACCUAUCUCUAGGGUUCCAUGAUCUCAUCUAAAGGAUCUUUUUUGCUAACACAUACCUUGAUGUUGACAUCGACAGCAGCAGAGAUAAUAUACGCCAUAUAAUCUUGUAAACAUAUGUGUAGAUCAGUACAAGUACUUUCAGUCUUCCUCCUUGUGAAUUAGUCUUUCAAGCUGUGGAUGGUCAGGAGUCGCUUGAGCCCUGCAAAGAUAAUGUUCAAGCUACAGCUUGAGUCAGAAUUUGUACGGAUACAUGAAAAUGUGAUGUAUGCCGAGAAAAGGUCUGUUUGCUAUGCAAUUCAAUUUUUAGCUUGCAAUUGCAGUUAGAAGUUCAAACCGCAACUCAAGUAUGUUGUUAAUUUACAGUGAGCAUCCACUUGCAGAAGAUUUGUGCCUGGAUGUGCUAAUUGACAGUGAAAUGUAGAAAUAAGUUGCAACUUUGUAAUAUCCAUCUGAUAUGUGAAACAAGAAUUGUUACUAAUUCACAACAUGUAUCUACGAUU